AUAACACAGUACGUCCAAACGUUUCGUCCGCGCGUGCCACGGUCACCCACGAUUACAAGGCUGAAGCGUCUGCAGUCUCAAUAUAGGCCUGUGUCCGCCUUGUGCUAAGCAGCAGCGGGUAGUGUAACAACUCUCUCCUUCUCGCAAAACGUUCUUGCUGCAUUUUGCGCUGCGCCAUCGACGAUGCCUUUCUCCCAUCACUCACAUUCGGGCCAGUUCUGCGGCCAUGCUGCCAAUACUUUGGAGGAGGUUGUGCAGACUGCCAUUCGUCUCAAAAUGUCAACCUUCUGCAUGACCGAGCAUAUUGCUCGGCAGGAGGUUGACUUUUACCCCGAAGAGUCAGAAGUCCAUACCAUGGCCACCCUCGAGAAGCUUUUCGACGACUACUAUCACGAAGCACGGCGUUUGCAGAAAGCGUACGCUGAUCAGAUCCAAUUGCUCGUGGGCUUCGAAGGAGAGUGGAUUCGUGAUUAUUCCUUGGAACUUAUCCAGGAUCUGCUGAAGAAGUAUCCUGUGGAUCUGUUUGUGGGGAGUGUUCACCAUGCUCACACGAUCCCGAUUGACUUCGAUACCCCAAUGUAUCAUCAAGCACGUGAAGCUGCAGGCGGCAGUGACGAACGCAUCUACGAGGACUAUUUUGACUCUCAGUACGAUAUGCUGAAGGCUUUGCAGCCUCCUCUCAUUGGACACUUUGACCUCAUCAGGCUGAAAGGUGACGAGCCAGAUCGAAGCUUCCGAACAUGGCCAGGUGUUUGGAGCAAGAUCGAGCGAAACCUGAAGUUCAUCGCCAGCUACGGCGGCGUGCUUGAGAUUAAUACCAGUGCGAUCAGGAAGGGCAUGGCCGAAGCAUAUCCGCAAAGUGAAAUCUGCAAGGAAUUCAAGGAUAUGGGUGGCCGCUUCACAUAUUCGGAUGAUAGUCAUGGCGUCGAGCAGGUUGGCUUAAACUACGCCAAAGCACUGGAAAACAACAUCGUGCGAGCCGGCAUAACGGAGUUAUACUGUCUGGCACCCACGACUGACAAGACGAAAGUGCAUGAUGAGCGCUUUCCCACUGUUUGUUGGGAACCUAUUCCUAUCGAAACGAUCAAGGCCCACGCGUUCUUCCAAUGAUACACGGCUUCUGUUUCGAUAGAUUGACAUAGACCAUAGAUAAGAUCACGUUCCUCUUCGAGAUGGCUUGUGAGGAGCUCCGACAGAUUCUUGUCAGCAGAAAAGCGAUUCCCCAC